AUGGCUGAACCACGCGUUUUGGAACCAGCCAUAAUAAAGGAUCUUUCCAAUCACAUAUAUGAAAGAAGAAAAGCUACCGCUUUCCAAAUUGAGGGCUUCACAAAGCAAGCAUUGGCCAGGAACGACUCGCCCACGAUCUCCAAAAUUAUAGCUGAAUUAACCGAACUUCUCGAUGGUGUCUCCACCUCAGCAACUAUGGGAGCCAUCACCGCCCUAGGAAGUGUCUCUGUGGCAUUGGGCUCGUUCGCUAUCGCAUACUUUUUAGAUGAUAUCGUUAGACCAAUCUUCCGUACCUUUAAAGAUACCGACGCCAGGGUGCGCUACUAUGCAUGUGAGUCCUUAUACAAUAUCUCCAAGAUCGCCAGGGGUGAGAUUCUCUUGUAUUUCAAUGAGUUGUUUGACAUAUUGUGUAUUUUGGUGACAGAUACUGAGUCGUCAGUGAAGAAUGCUGCUGAUAUCUUGGACAGAUUGAUUAAGGAUAUCGUGAGUGCCAAGUCUACCAACUAUGUAUCAAUUUUGCAACAAAAACCGGAAGAGACGACAGAUAUUGAAUCGAAUGUUCCUGGACCUGACGGAUUAAGGAUCCAGGUGAACAAUCCUCAAGAUGCACUGAAGGCUUUCUCGUUGCCCAAGUUCAUCCCCACACUAUUAGAACGGAUGUACACAAUUGACCCCUUUGCCAAAAAGUUUUUACUAAGCUGGUUGGAGCUUUUUGAUGAUAUCCCUUCAUUGGAGCUCCUCACAUUCCUUCCAAACUUUUUGGAGCCACUUGUCAGGUUCUUGAUGAACAAUUGUCCCUCUGAUGUCAGAGUGGAAACACACAAUCUUCUCAAUAUUUUCUUGAAGGAGAUCAGAAGCAUUUACAAGGUCAAAUAUGAUUUGAAAAAGAAGCAGCUUGCAGCUGACGUUACAGAGAAGCAAAAGAGUCAACAAAAUAAGGAACAAGAAGUGGAGGAGAAUAUGAAUGGCCUCAACAUAGAAAAUGAGCAACUGGCCACAGCAGAUGAUACUGCUUCCAUCAAGUCAAGCUCGACGACAGUCAUAAGAAGGCCAGCGAAGAAGAAUGAUGGUGAACGAGAGGGAGGUACCGGAGAGAACGAUAUUUCCCAAGGAGACGACUCUCUCUUUAUUGAUGGACAAGAUAUUUUCAUUGAUUGUCCACGUAUUAUUGACAUUUUGCUCUCAUUCCUCAGAUCAACCAAGACCAAUAUAUCACAAGACGUUAAAUUGAACGACUUGUCUGGUGAAUCGCAUGAGAUAUAUUUGGAGAUUCAGUCUACAGUUCUCAAAUGGCUUCAGGAGCUUGUGUCCAUUACCCCAACAAGCUUCUCCAAGUUUCUUCCUGAUUGUAUCGCCAUUAAUAUGCAUAAUAUUGCGUUGGCUGAUGAUAAUAAAGACUACGAGCUUAGGUCACAAUUCUUGAAGUUCAACCAAUCCCUUCAAUCUUAUUUGGUCAGGCUUAACCAAAGCGCUUCGGACGCUAAUGUUGAGCAUGCCGCCGAAAGCAAGACUCUGCCAACCGAGCUAAAUAUCAGUGAGAAUGACAUCGAGGGGCUCAACAAGGACGUCUUAGAAGAGUUCACUGAAUUAUACCUCAACAAGUCAUUGAGAAUGGUGAUGAAUGAAUGUCUCCAUAACGUUAACGAGCUUGCUCGUUUAACACUGUUGGAUUGGCUUACUUUCCUUUAUUCCAGCUAUCCGGAGAGCUUUUUUGAGCUUGGCGAGAAUGAGGAAAAUCACGAUAAGACCGACCGCUAUCUUUUCGACUUGACAGCACUUUUAAGAUCAUCAACCGACUCGAGUAAUGAUGUGAUCUCUAAGGUAUUGCUGUUAGCUUCCAAAAUUUCGGAAGACAACCAAGAGUUCUUUAAGGAAUUCAUGGUUAAAUUGAUUUCCUUCUUUGAAAAUGAUGGCGUGGAGAAUACUGGUAGAAUAGGCCAGUCAGAUGAAUCACCAUCAGGCCAGAACACGAUAUCAAGAGACAAGGUAGAAUUUAUCAUAAGGAGACUUUGUGUUUCUAUCAGUGCCGAAAAGAUCUUCCAGACUUUAUCCGAAGUCUUGGUAUCAUUAGAAGGGUUGAAUUUGGAGUUUAUUGGCAACAUCGUUGUCACCCUUAACAAUAUUUUGUUGACAGCCCACGAACUUCUGGGUCUCCGCCAGAAAUUGAAGAAUCUUGAUUUUCAGAGAAAUGAAGAUUGGACCUUCUUUUCCGCCUUAUUCCAGAGCUGGUGUCACAGCCCUGCUAGUGCAUUAUCGAUAUGUUUGCUUACAUCUAAUCACGAACUUGCAUUCCUCAUCAUCAAAUGCCUCGGUGAGCUGGAAGUAACGUUUCAGCUUCUCACGCAACUUGAUAUUCUUAUCCAGUUACUUGAAACUCCUAUCUUUUUGAAGCUAAGGUUACAACUUUUGGAACCAGAUAAGCAUCCUCACCUUUACAAGACACUUUAUGGUAUCCUUAUGAUAAUGCCUCAGUCAAGCACAUUCACCACCUUGAAAAAUAGACUUUCAACAGUGGCUCCAUUCCACGGUCAAAACAGCCCCGCUGGAUUGUCGUUGAAUACUCCAUCUUCUACCCCAGGUGCUAUCCCCACGUCAAACAGUGCUCAACUUUCUGCUAGACGGAAGAAAAUCCAUGAGUUGGCUGACAAGUUUAGCAAGGUUAAUGACAUACAUCAAGCAAACAGAUCAAGACGCCGUUUGCAAGAUUAUGUCAAGGUGGAGGAUCCUGUAAGGGAACAUUCAAAGCACCAGCCUGAGCCUUCUAUUGCGAGCACAGACCAAAAGGGUAUUGGAAGUUACUCUGGAAAGGACAACAAGCAAAGAACAUAUAAGAGAUAA